UCCUCUCCUCAUUUCCACCACACACCUUACCUCCUCUCCCUCUUCUCCUCUGCACCUUUCCUUCCCAGAUCUCACCUUCUACACUUCGCCCCAUCUGACUCUCGACCACACUCAGUUUCCUUCUCUCCCUCCCCUUUCUCUCUCUACUCACCAUUACUCCCCUUACAAUCGGUCUAACCAUGUUCUCUGCCCCCUCAGCCGCCGCUCCCACCAGCGACGACGACAAAAUCAUCGGGGGGUACGAGUGUCCUAAACACUCCACCCCCUGGAUCGUCUCACUCAACGUCGGCUACCACUUGUGUGGCGGGUCGCUCAUCAGCGAGAACUGGGUGGUGUCCGCUGCCCAUUGCUACAAGAGACGUAUCCAGGUGCGUUUGGGUGAACACGACAUCACGGUUGCGGAAGGGACGGAGCAGUUAAUCGAAUCGGAGGUGGUUCUCCGCCACCCCAGGUACGACUACUACACCCUGGACUACGAUAUCAUGCUGAUCAAACUGUCGCAGCCCGCCGUACUCAACCGCAACGUGGCCGCCAUUUCGCUCCCAACGCAGUGCCCAAUGGCAGGCGAUGAGUGUCUCAUCUCCGGCUGGGGCAACACCAAGGACCCAGCCGUCAGUCGUGGCCGGUUACAGUGUCUGAAAGCCCCCAUCCUCAGCCAGAGGGUUUGCGAGAAUUCGUAUCCGUGGAGGAUCACCAAGGACAUGAUAUGUAUCGGAUUCCUGGAGGGAGGCAUGGAUUCCUGCGAGGGUGACUCUGGCGGACCAGUGGUGUGUGACGGGGUGCUCCAGGGUGUGGUCUCCUGGGGCGACGGAUGCGCCGAGAGGUUUUACCCCGGUGUCUACACUCGCGUCUGCAACUUCGUCUCCUGGAUUGAGGAAACGAUGGCAGCGAAUUAAAGACACCGCCUCCCGCACCGGAGGCUCUGUAAUAAAUCU